AUGGUCCAGAAGCUUUGGCCAAAGCUGAGCAAGGCUUGUACUGCAAUAAUCAAGGAGGAGCUUCAGCCCAAACUGCAGGCUGCUGUGCCUGCAGUUCUCAGUGGGAUCUACUUCAAGAAGCUAGACUUCGGAAAUCAGCAUCCCUUGCUGGGCCCAGUGGGUGUCGCCCAUGGGAAGCAGAACCAGUACGACGGAUUGGAGCUCGACGUGAAGCUUGUUUGGCAGUGCAAUGCCGAGGUAGUGCUCGAAGUCCAGGGAAUUGAAAUCGGUCUGGAAAAGAUCAGAAUCGAUGGGACGGUUCGAUUGCAGCUGCGGCCUUUGCUGCACCACUUCCCAAGCAUGGGAGGGCUGCAGAUCACCAUGAUGUCUCCGCCGAAUUUGAACUGGAACUUCCGCGGCCUCCUGGGGGCCUUGCAGCUUGAUGUGCUUUCGCGGGUGAUGCGCCAGGUUGUGGCAGACCAGAUAUCCGAGCUACUGGUGGUCCCAAACCUUCUAUUCCUCCAUUGGAUGGACUCCUCGGCCGAUGUGGACCUCGAAGUGCUCCAAUUCCCUCAUCCCGAGUGCAUCGUCCGCCUUUGCGUGAGAGAGGCCCGAAACCUGAGAGGUUCCGACUGGAACUAUUUCGGUUUCAAAGGCACCUCGGAUCCCUAUGUGUCGGUGCAUUUGGGCUCGCGUCUCUGGCAUACUCCCAAGAAGACGCGGACACGGAACCCCAAAUGGGGCGACGCAGGCUGUGAAGACUUCUUUGUGUACACGCCAAGCCAGUUCGUGAAGGUCGAUGUCUAUGAUGCAGACAUCGGGCCAGGCACGGACGACCAUCUUGGCCACGUCGCUGGUCUCAAGGUCGAGGACCUGCUGAAUUCUCCGAGCCAGUGGUGGCCUCUCUCUGGACGCAAAGUGAGAGAUGCUCAGCCGGAGCCAGGCACCGCUUCCCAGGAUACCUCCCAGGAUCACUCGCAUCCGCACGGGGAGGUUUACAUCCAAGCUCGAUUCUACGAUCUCAGGACGCAUCGACAAGACGUUCCAAAGCCCAUGGGAAAGGCAGAUGCUGAAGCUUUCGUCUUUAUCGAUCUGCGGAGCUUGCGUGGUUUGCAGCAGAAGCAGGCCCAAGGAGCCACCAUCACCUUCAAGCUCGAAGGGAACACCCACAAGAGCAGAGGUGCCACAUACAAGGCGACCACCUACGGCUCUGCGCUGACUGCAUCAGCCCAAAGACUUGUGGAACACCUGCAGAAUUCCCAGGGCAAGUCCAUUGAGGAAAUCAUGAAGAUAUCUGGACUCAGCAAGGAGCAGGUUGCUUCAGUGGUGCAGGCUCGACCGUCUUUCACAACGCGGUGGCACCAACCCUUCUCUUUCCCCAUUCGGGAUCUGGACAACGCGCAGUUGGAGAUCUCGCUGGGAAUCCGGCGCCCAAAUCAGAAGUCCCUCGCGCAGCUGAAGAGUCCCAUCUACCUCAAGGAUCUGGUGGACAGCGGCAAGUGGUACGGCAGCUUGACAAAGCCUUGGUGCUUGAUUUGGACGGUAAAGAAGGCGCCAGCGUGGUGCCGGGUCCUCAGUGUUUCCCAACACGGCACGGAAGCUCCGGUGAAGUCCGCCAGGACCUCUCCUCUCUUGAAGAAUCCCGACUGGCCGGAUGGGGAGGCUCCAGCGGGCUGGGCUUCUAUCGACCUCAAAGAGGUCGUCCUGCGGGAGGAGCAUCUCAGACUGACAGCCGAAGCUCGCAUAGAGACUGCAUGUUGCCCUUGCCUUAGUGGUAUCUCCUACCUUCGGUGCUUCCUGUCCCUGGAGGGCUGUGAUCAGGCGGGUCGCAACGCCUUGCAGAUCCUUGCGCCAUGCGAUGAGAUCGAGCCUUCGCAGGCCUCAUCUCCGCGUCCGCUGUCCAUCCGGGGAGAUGGCCUGAUGUUUCAGUGCGUCACUGCGGCGCUGAUCUACUUCGUGCCUCAAGAUGCGGUGUUCCUGGGCGGCCUCUUCUACCUGUGGCACAACACUGCUGCAUCCAUCAGCCCGAAGGUCCCGAAAGCUGAUGCCGAAGCUGCGGUUGAAGAGUUCAAGGCCAAGAAGGGGAUCGAGAACGUCAAGGUCUCCAAGGGGCGUAGCACCUGGACCGCAGCAGCAAAGUCUUCCCUUGCGAGAGCAGCAAACUGGAAGGAUGAGGCCUUGCGGCAUCUGUCCAAGAUUGAGAAGCACCGCCGUGAGGAGGUCAAGGAUCUCCUCGAAGCUGAAACCAUGCUUCGAAGACAGAUGCAGGAUGCUGAAGACUCCUCUGACAAGUGUUUGGCAGAGCUGCGAAGCGAACAUGCUCAUGCGGAGCGCAGAGUUGCGAGGGAGUUCGAGGAGUGCGACGCAGCUCUGUUGGUGCGCUCCAAAGCCGCAGAGGAACUACUCGCGGCUGCAGACAAGGAAAGAAGUUUAACACGCAUGUGUGCGUUGCACGGGUUGCGUGGGGAAGCACUGGAGGCUCGCCUUCAUGUCUCCCGGCAGCUGAUGGUCGAGGCGUGUCAGGCGCACGAGGCAGCCGACAGACGAGAGGCUGUGGCAGCACUGGCCAGAUCAGAGGCUAGGGGCGCAGAGGAGCUCGCAGUGCAACAGGCUGCUUCGCAGGGUCUCAUGGAAAGCCAAUUCCUGCGACAGAGUGCUGCAGAACGGGCUGAGCAGUUGGAAGCACAGGAAGCAACAGUGAAAGCACGUGCUGAUAAAGCAGUCGUACUGGUCGAGGGUGAGGUGGAGGCCUUGAAACAAGGUGCUUCGCAGCAGUGCGCGGUGUCAGAGCAGCAGGCAGAGGAGUUCAUUGAAUCCGCUCGUCGAGGUCUGGUACGGCAAUCCGCGAUUCGUGAGAAAGCCGAGGCGGCUGUGGCCGAGGCUUGGAACAGCGAGGAGGCAAACAUCCGCUCCAUGCGGGAAGAGCAGAACUUCGAGGUUCAAGAGGCCCUGGAGAGUGCUGCAGCUGCAGCUGCGGUUGGAGAAGAGCUGGCAAUGGAGCUUGGGGAGGAGCUCCGCACCAGGCUGAGAAGCAUUCGCUCCGAGGAGAAGCAGGUGCAGCACGAAUGUGAGAAGGCCAUUGAGGCCGUGCAAGGCAAGGGAACUUGUCAAGAGGAGGAGGAUAUGCACCGGCUCCGAUCAACAGAGUGCUCUGAGAGUGAACUCCUGGCAGAAAGGCUUCACAUCGAAGAAGAGGUCUUGUCCUUCGAGGUAACAGAGGAGGAGGCCGCCAGCAUGUUGCGACAUCACUUGGAUCUACAAAUCAGUGAAGCAGCCGAGCGAUGCAAAGAGCUGGCGGAGAACACAUCUGGGGCCCUACAGCAGCUUUCUGAGCUAACGCAGCAAGCGGAACGAAGUGCACAGCAAGCCCAAGAAGCUGCUGAGCAGGAUGAGAAGAUGCACAGAUGUGCAGCGCAACUAUCUGAGGCUUCCGCCGAGGCCUCGGAGAAGUUGCAGCAGCGGCGAUCCCUUGCUUUGCACGAGGAGGUCUUGGCUGCAAAGCUUAAUGCCGAGCGCAGCAUAGCCCAUGAUGAGUGGCUUGCCGGUGAAGAAGAGGAGGCUGCUCUUUCCGAAGAAGACCGUUGCAUCCGAGCCUGCUGCGAAGAGAUUGCUGCAGCUAGAUACGAGGCAGAGACUGUCAUCUCGAGCUGGCGAGCAGAGGAUGCAGUUCUGGAGGUUGAUGCCCAGGAGCUUCUCGACAAGGCUGCAGCAUUGCAGCUCGAGCAACAUGCAAUUCAGCUUGCCAGCCCAGCAACAACUCGCACACCUGCCCGGUUCGUUUCGUCUGCAAAGCCCGCCACGCGGCCAUGGUCUGGGUUUGACAUGCCUGCGAGGUAUGCCGGCGCCACCCGGUGCUUGCCCAUGGCAACGGCCAUGUUCGGGAAGCUGAUCUGGCCGACAGGGACCGUGCUCGCAGAAGACAGGAGGGGGUCGAAGCUGCCGCCAGAGCCUUCGGCAGACUUGCCGCCAUCUUCAGGUUGCAGACCGACCACAUUCUCUCGGAGAUUGUCGCCGGACAUCGUUGUACCACGACCGUUGUCUAGCAUCGCUGGCACAUCCGCCAGCAAUUCAGUCGAGCUCGCAUGUUACUGGUCCAACAGUGUCAGGCCCUAUGCCCUGCGAGGCAGCCCGUUCCUCCGCCCUCCGGUGUCCGCCGCGCUUUGGCACUUCGAGCUGGACCUGCAUGAAAGAGGCCUUCAAGUGGAACAGGAUGACAACUCCACCGACUUUGUGAUCGAGACGGCAUUGCAAGGUGUUCAUGAUCGUCGUAUGCUUGAGCUGAGCUUGGUUUGUCACCGAGACGGUCAGAUCAUGUCGACAGGCACAGCAUGGUGUGUGGCUGCAAAAACGAUGCCGCCUUUCGAUGGGGUUGUUGUCCCGCCCUUGCCGCUUUCACCAGCUCAGGCAGAUGCAGGCUGUUUGCGAUGGAAGGCAUUGCAGCGACGACAGGCCCAAGCGAGCCAGCGGCCUCGAACGAUAUGCGCAGCAGAAGCUGAGGCCGGCGCAGUCGUCGAUGUCCCCGUGUACUCGCAGUUUCACGUAGCUCCUGCCGCACACAUGGAGCAAAUCGCAGGAGCCAUCGGCAAGCCUGUGGCUAUGACCAUUCUGCCACCGCCAAGUCUCUGCGCAGACGUUGGGCCAGUCCUCAUCGAAGCCGUAUCAGCCGUGCAGGAGGACUUGACGAACAAAUCAGGAAGGGAUGUGCAGGUAGUCUCCUUGGAGGCUUGGUUGGAGCACGUGCCUCCCAAAGCACGGCUUCAGAUUUGGUUCUGCAGCGAAAGUGGCGAGGAUGACGUUUGUCGAACUUGGGUGACGCUGUGGCACGGUAAAGAGCCUCUGAUUCGGAUCAGGGUGGAAUCGCGGAUGCUCGAGGAAUCUCGAUGCUCAGAGGACGAAACCUGUCAAGAGCUUGUCAUUGCGACAGACGAGGUGCGGGCUGCAGCCCGUGCGGCCGUGCAUGGCUACGAAGCCAGGGAGGCAAUCGCACAGAGGACGGCUCACGAGCUGCAGGAGGAAGUUAAGCAGAAGCAGGAAGCGCGAAGCUUGGAUGCCGGCCACCGUUUCAAUUCCGCCGAGCUCCGUGCAGAAGCUGCUGCACGGCGUGCUUUAGAAGCAGAAGAGUCCAGCUGGAUUGCCAGGGAGAGGUACGAGCAGGAGUUGGCGAGCAUGCGCGCGUACGGCGAGAAGGAGGAGGCAGAGACCAUUCGCCGGGUGCUGGCAGCAGAAGAAGCAUUGGCAAACUCGAUGCGCUGGUCUGGCCAGCACAAUCAGCUUGGACUGGAGCUCUUCGGGGUGGCUCAGGCCCAGAAAGGCAUUCAUCGCACUUCACCCGCCUCCACGGCCGAUGGAGCUCCGCCAGACCUGGCAGAAGCGGAGGCCUUGGCCGUAGCCUCAAGAGACUGUGCUUUCUUGCCAGCAUCCACGCAACCAGGUUGGAUGACACGUCCGGUGGAUGUGAUGCGAAGCAUCAAGGCUGCAUGUGAUGAACUGACGGGCAAAGGUGUCUGGUUUUAUCCGUGGGGCGGCUACCAGGCCCCGGUGCCCACCUGUGGCACUCCUAAUUGGAUGCUCGGCUUUAGAAGUGGUGGCAAGAGAAAGGGUUGGCUUCACACUUCAUCGCCACUGGACUCCAGCAUGGUCUCAUUGCCAUCACUUCGAAUUCAGAGGGAACUGAAAUGA